AUGAACAUUAAAAACCUAGAUGAUGUAAAAUACAGAUUUCAUAAAAUUCAGGUUUUAAACGAAAAUGAUAAGAAAGCAAAAGCAGUGUUGACCCGGGCUGCCGACCAGGUGAUGCCCAUUAUGAGGAAGAUGCGCUUUUCCGUUGAGUUACUGUCCGAGUUUUUACCCCAGAGUCCAAAAUUACUAGGGCUGAACAUUGCGGCUAAAUCAGAAAUUAAGAUACGACUGCGGAAAAAAAAGGGAGGGGAGUUAUUUCAUUUCAACGACAUCAUGGGGACGCUGCUGCACGAGCUAGCGCAUAUAGUGCACAGCAAACAUGACAAAUCAUUUUACGAACUCUUAGACAAACUAGUUCUAGAGUAUAAUAAAUUAUAUACAUUUGGGAAAAAAGAAAAUCAAAUGAGUGGGGGGAAGAAAACAGGAGGAAGUGAUUUCCGCAUAUAUAAUGGCAGCCCCAAAUUAAUGGCAGCACAGGCUGCUGAAAUGAGACUACUAAAUAAUUUUAUGAACAAGGAUGGGGAAAUAUUAAAUGUGUCCCUUGGAAGUUGCUUAACACCAGAACAGUAUGAUAAUUUAUUUAAAAAUCGAAAAGAACGUGAUGAUGAAAUUUGUUCCAUUUCAAAUGAUAUAAUUGUGAUCGACUCGUCAAUAGAUUUGACCAACCAUGACCAUGCUGAGAUUGGGGAAACCUCACAGAACACAAAGAAUGAUUUUCAACUAUCAAAUUCUUUGCAAGGGAGGGAUAAAAAUGUCUUCAUUCCGAAUGCGGAUUGUGUAAAGAAGGAGAAAGAGACACAUGCGCUUGAGCAGGAGGACUGUAAGGAAUCGUUCAACGUACCAGGAGGUAAGCCAAAAAAAGAGGCAAGCAAAAAAAAAAGGCAAUCGGCAUGUGAACGGGGGAAUGAAGAAAAGGUUAUAACAGUACCCGGUAGCAUAGGAGCCACACCUAAACACAGCCGCAGUAACUGCGUGCAAAUUUUAAAGGUCAAACGAGAUUGCAGUGGUGUGAAACAUGCUGAAAAUGAAAAUGGCUCGACUGUUUCGGAUAAUGUGGGUAUCAGGAAAGGCAAAAAGAGAAAAGUUAUUAUUCUCGAUUAG